UAUAAAAUCAGUAAAGCACGUGCGACCGACGGCUCGUAUGUUAGCGAAGCUUUCACUUGUCAUUUUAUUGACUACAUUUUUGUAUACGAACGUAAUGUGGGCGCGCAUGACCGGCUAGCUCUUAAAAUUACAGGCCGCAUACUUUUGGGUUAUCUUGACAAUACCCAACGACCUCUUUAGUGUUGAGGUGGUUGGCACCCAUGGCGGGGAAGGGGCGUGGGGUGGCCGCGUUCACCUUCAACAUUGAAGCACUGGGCAUCGGCAGGGGCAAUAUGCCAGAAGCAAGGGUGGCACCCAAUCCACUUUUUCCACCGGUAAACUUCAAGCCAAUCCCCCUGAAGGUCGGCGAGGACGAGGACUACAUGCUGGCUCUCAAACAGGAGAUGAGGGGAACUAUGCAGCAGAGGCCUCACAACAUCAGGUUUCACUCCAAAAAGGCAGAUGUGGAGAAAUACACACAGAGAUACGUGAAACAGACACAGGAUGAAGAAUGGACACCAGAUUGGAAUGUCUUUCCAAAGGAGCUGAUGCCACAGAAGAAAACCAAAGUGAACGCAGGUCCAAAGAAGAAAGGAACAAAAGUAUCCAAAAAAGAGGCAGAAGAUGUGUUGACCAAAUUGAACGAGCUGGAAAAGAAAGAUGACGGUGACAAAUCAGAUGAGGAUAAACCCAAGAACAAAGACAAUGAAGGCGAGGAGGAGGAGGAGAUUGAAGAGGAGCAAUAUGAAGAAGAUGAAGUGGAGGAUAAUGACUACAUUGAGAGCUACUUCGACAACGGUGAAGACUUUGGUGCAGGCAGCGAUGACAAUAUGGAUGGCGAAGCAACAUACUGACUCGACUUGUUACUUUUUGUUACGGAUCCAGAGCGAUGCAUUUGGUUACAAUGU